CCUUGAGACAUACAGGCUCAGGAUAUUCUUUAGUUGGCAUCAAACAGGAUUACACACCCUCUGACUGCCAAGAGGUGCAAGGGUCACUUUAAAAGCAUUGACACAAUGCAACAGUAGGACUUGUUAGAGGGGAACUGUGCUGAGGGGACUGCCUGUAAACGGAGAGACCCCAGAAUACAGAACACCCAGGAACGGUAAAAUUGAACCUAUAAAUAAGGGAGAAGUAAGGUAUAUAGAUAUCAAAGAUUUGAUUUAAAAAAACAACCCUUUUGCAAGUGGAUUUUCUUCACAAACCUUGACAAAGAGUUGUGCCAAGAUUACCAUCUUAUCUUGCAGUCUUCUAGAAUUUCUCUGCCCGUCAGUGAAUAAGACAGUGUUUUGGGUUAAACACAUUUAUUUUUGGGAGAGCACUAAAAGCUAACCAACAAUGGGAAAUACCAGCAGCAGCACAGUGGAUGACCUGCAAGCAGUAGAGAUUCACCACUGGUACAAGAAGUUUAUGACGGAAUGUCCAUCUGGUCAGCUCACUCUACACGAAUUCAAGCAAUUCUUUGGUUUGCGAGGACUAAGCGGAGAUGCCAACAGCUACAUAGAGCAAAUGUUUCGGACAUUUGAUAUGAAUAAGGAUGGAUACAUAGAUUUCAUGGAGUAUGUAGCAGCACUCAGCCUUGUUCUUCGAGGGAAGAUUGAGCAGAAACUUCGUUGGUAUUUCAAGCUCUAUGAUGUGGAUGGGAACGGUUGCAUUGAUCGACAUGAAUUGCUUAAUAUAAUUAAGGCAGUACGAGCAAUUAACGGCUGUGAUCAUGACUCAACAGCAGAAGAUUUUACCAAUCGUGUAUUUGACAAGAUUGAUGUAAAUGGAGAUGGGGAACUGUCUCUUGAAGAGUUUGUGGAGGGAGCUCGUAAAGAUGAUGAAUUUAUGGAUUUGAUGAUGAAAAGUCUGGAUCUGACUCACAUCAUGACCAUGAUUAACAACCGAAGACACAGUGUCUGAGUCAGAUGACCAGCCAAUUGUGUUGUGUAAUAAUUACUUUGACAUCAUGGAUGUAUUGUCACCAUGGAAAAGAUCUACACAGCCACAUUAGAUUAGCCACCAAUAUACUAAUAGGUAAAAAACACAACGUCAAAUAUUUUGCAUGCCAAACAAAUUUGUUAAGAUAUAAUAUUCAAUACAUAAAAGGCACAGUUUAUAAAACAUUGUUACAUAUUUAUCUUUAAAGCAUUCCAGUUAAUUCUACCAAGAUUGGCCCAUUGCUAAAAAAUGUUGGUAUCAGAUGUUCUCAAUGUUUUGACAUUACAAGAUGGAUGUGGAAUUUUUUUAUGUGGUGCUAUGUAACCAAGGCAGCCAAAAGAAGAUUUUAUGUAUUGAAUUAAGUAUUGAAGGUAUUGGUAACUAUAUGCAGAUUUGUGUGUGAUAAGUCACAAGAACGGAUCAUAUGAGUUCAAAUUACUUUGUGUAACAGAUCAAGGCUGAAAACGGGUGAUAGAGAGAAUAACAACCAUCAUCAAAGCUUCAAAAUAUUAAUUUAGUUAAAAUAUACAAAUAUUGUAAGGUAAAUGAAGAUGCUGAAUCUGAUUGUGUGGAGUGAAAUGGUUAUCAAGAAGCUAUAUGAUGAUCAGCUGUGUGGUGUGUACAUCUCAUUGAGAUGUAUUAGGGAAUGCACGGAUUUAUUUUCAUUAUAUAUAAGAAAUAUGACUGCAGAGUUGUACAUUUUUGUUUAUUGUAUGUUUGUGCCUUUUGUAAGCUGUAUAUAAAAUGCUGCUUUGUAUAAAAAU